AGCGUUUCACUGCUAGAUGCAGCGUCUCCUCUCAAAAUGAUGGUGCGGGCGCUGCUGCUCUUCUCGCUCAUCCAGGGUUCUAGCCAAAAGAGUGAUGACGAUUAUGAAGAUUAUACAACCAACAAAACCUGGGUUUUGACUCCCAAAGUUCAUGAAAGUGACGUUACCCUUAUUUUAAAUGGCCUGCUGGAGGGAUAUGAUAACAAACUAAGGCCGGAUAUAGGAGUGCAGCCAACGGUAAUUCAUACUGAUAUGUAUAUCAAUAGCAUUGGCCCAGUGAACGCCAUCAAUAUGGAAUAUACAAUAGACAUUUUUUUUGCUCAAACCUGGUACGACAGACGGCUAAGAUUCAACAGCACCAUUAAAGUGCUGAGGUUGAACAGCAACAUGGUGGGGAAGAUCUGGAUCCCUGACACAUUCUUCCGAAACUCAAAAAAGGCUGAUGCUCAUUGGAUAACAACUCCCAAUCGGAUGCUCCGGAUCUGGAAUGAUGGCAGAGUACUAUAUACACUGAGAUUGACGAUAGAUGCUGAGUGUCAGUUACAGCUGCACAACUUUCCAAUGGAUGAACAUUCUUGUCCACUGGCAUUUUCAAGCUAUGGCUACCCAAAGGAAGAGAUUAUCUACAUGUGGAAGCGCAGCUCAGUAGAAGUAGGAGACACUAGAUCCUGGAGGCUGUAUCAGUUUUCAUUUAUUGGGCUCAGAAAUACAACUGAAGUCGUGCCGACAACUUCAGGAGAUUAUGUGGUCAUGGCAGUCUACUUUGAUCUAAGCAGAAGGAUGGGCUACUUCACCAUUCAGACUUACAUCCCUUGCACACUCAUCGUAGUGCUAUCUUGGGUCUCUUUCUGGAUUAAUAAGGAUGCCGUCCCAGCCAGAACAUCUUUGGGUAUCACAACUGUCCUGACAAUGACCACCCUCAGCACCAUCGCUCGCAAAUCCCUCCCCAAGGUCUCUUAUGUGACAGCAAUGGAUCUUUUUGUAUCAGUUUGCUUUAUUUUUGUUUUUUCUGCCCUGGUGGAGUACGGGACUCUUCACUAUUUUGUCAGUAACAGAAAGCCAAGCAAGGAUAAAGACAAAAAGAAGAAAAACCCUCUUCUUCGGAUGUUUUCAUUCAAGGAAUGCUUCAUAUCAGAGAUCAUUAUAGAGCCCCACCUAAUCUAUAUUCAAGCACCUACAAUCGAUAUCCGCCCCAGGUCAGCUACUAUCCAAAUGAACAAUGCCACACACCUCCAAGAACGGGACGAAGAAUAUGGGUAUGAAUGUCUCGAUGGCAAGGACUGCGCAAGUUUCUUCUGCUGCUUCGAGGAUUGCCGAACGGGAGCCUGGCGGCAUGGAAGGAUACAUAUCCGCAUUGCCAAAAUGGACUCAUACGCCCGUAUAUUUUUCCCAACUGCAUUCUGUUUGUUUAAUCUGGUCUACUGGGUGUCCUACCUUUACCUUUAAACAAGUAGAAAAGAAAUUGGGUGAUAAGAGCCUUACUCCUGGAAUUUAUUAGAGAGAUGGGUAACCUGUAUGAAUCCAAGCUGAUCCCACGCUCCAAUGGCUGUAGUGCACUUGAGGGGGAUUUUAACGUACUCGUGGGCUUUCCUGCAAGUAGAAGCAUCCCAUUCUCUUCAGUGCCUGGGAAUACUCUGUG